AUGAGUAAAAUUAGGGGCCUUCCACCUGAGGUCAGGGAACCAGGCCCUGGAGUGGAACUUGGGGUGGAAGAUGGCCUUCUUUGUCAACUGAUUCAUUCUCCAGAAUUCAACUUGUUCUCCGACUCGGUGGUGUUUGAAAGCAACUUUAUCCAGGUCACUAAGCCUGGCAGCUGGAUGGAUGUAUAUGAAGGGUCUACCACUGUGAUCCUUGGAGUGACCUCCUCGGUGCCCUCCUUGCCACUCCCCAACGUCCUCCUGAUGGCCAAUGUCACCUGGCCCCAGGGUCAGUUUUCCUCCUGGAGCACUCCUGACUGUGCUCCUGUGGUCACCCUCAGCAGGAUUCUCCCCCUGAAGUUCGUGGAGCUACAAAUCUGUGACCGGCUCCAACGCAUCCUGCGGGUUAGGACAGUGACUGAAAAGAUCUACUACCUGAGGCUCCACGAAAAACACCCAGAGGCUGUGUUUCAAUUCUGGAUCCGCUUGGUGAAAAUUUUGCAGAAAGGUCUGUCCAUCACCACCAAAGACCCAAGAAUCCAGUUCACUCACUGCCUGGUGCCCAAAAUGUCCAGCAGCUCCACUAGAAUAACACCUGAAAGCAGCCUCCCAUCAUCCACUCAGCCCAGCGAAAACUUCAGGCUGUUGGCGGCCGAGCAGACCAGUGACAGUUUCUCGAAUAUCUCAGGAAAACCCCAGCUCACAGCAGACUGUAACACCAACAUUGCCAUCAAAAUAGACAAUCUGGACAGCUAUAAGAUACCCUCCCGAGUGGCAUCUCUGGUCAACUUGAAUAUACCCAUGAGGGCCGCCUUGAGCCACAGUCUCUGGGAACAAGAAAAUCCAGAUGAGCACUUCCUGCAAGCUCCUGUUGCCAGUUCCCUAGGAGAGAACCUUCUGGGACCCUGA